AUGUCUACCCAGGCCGGCCCUAUUGACGAGCUUGUUAACUACAAGAAGGCUAUCCUUCGUGACGAGAGACGAGAUACUCGCAUUCGCAAUGAUAUCGAGUCUACCCUCGAGUUUCUCUCGCAGCGGAAAUCCGCCUUCAUCUCUCCCAACGACAACAGGUCUGCUGGUCCUUUCACUCCUCCGGCGCACACGAGAUCCAACACCGGUCUUUCCAAUGCCAUGACCUACCCUCAGAUCUCGCGUCCCAUGGAGUAUUUUCCCGCCAACGCCUACAGCAACCACAAUGAUAUGGAGAAAGGAUCGGUAGACGUGAAGCAGGGCGCACACGCACCACCCGCGGCUCAUGCUCCCGCUGCUCACCACGACGACCACCACCACAUCUCCGCAGGGCCACACACUUUCAAGGAACGCCUCAAGCAUUUUACAUUUGCUUGGUAUGCCUUCACUAUGGCGACAGGAGGAGUGGCAACGAUUCUAUCGGUUGUCCCAAAUCGCUUCCCGGGCCUCACUGGUCUUGGAAUCUUCCUCUUCAUCUUCAAUCUCAUCUGCUUCACUCUGAUCACCAUCCUCAUGAUCACACGCUUCGCCAUCUAUCCCGAACGCCUCAAGCCAGCCUUCACCAACCCCCAUGAAGGAUUCUUCUCCGCCACCUUCUGGCUCUCGAUCGCCACCAUCAUGAACAACGCCGUCGCUUACGGUAUCCCGAACACGGGACCGUGGCUCGUCGAAGGCCUUCGCAUCGGCUUCUGGAUCUAUACUAUCGCCGUCACUUUCCAUGCCAUCAUCUACUACCACGUCCUCUUCUCCGUCAAGAAACUGGUGCUCACCAACGUGCUUCCUGGGUGGGUCCUGCCGAUCUUCCCUGCUAUGCUGGUUGGGACCAUCGCUUCUACCAUUACCAAGACCCAGCCGCAGGAGCACGCUAUUCCAAUCCUCGUCACCGGACUCACAUACCAAGGUCUCGGGUUCAUGGUCGCUCUGAUGAUGUAUCCGCUGUACUUCGGACGACUCCUGACCUCCGGUCUCCCCAUCUACCUCUCCCGCCCCGCCAUGUUCAUCGCUGUCGGCCCGCCCGCCUUCACUGGCCUCGCCUUCAUCGGCAUGGCACAAGACAUCCAAAUCCUCAAGCUUUUCGACGGAUACACGACCCUCCCCGGAAUCACCAACCAAUCCCUCGUCCCGGACAUGAUUGCUCUCGCGGCGCUCAUGAUCGCCAUCUUCCUGUGGCUGUUUGCCUUCUGGGCCUUCGCCAUCGCCGUCAUCGCGAUGGUGGACGGUCUCCCGCACAACGACUUCCAUCUCAACUGGUACGCGAAGGUCUUCCCCAACGUCGGCUUCACCAUCGCCACGAUCAAGAUCGGCGAACGCCUGGGCAGCAACUCGAUCCAACUCGUCGGCACCGGCAUGGCGACGGUCUUCUUCUUCGCCUGGCUGCUCAUCUUCAUCUACCACAUCCGCGCGUACGUGCAGCACAUGAUCUGCUGGCCCGGCCGCGACGAAGACGCUCACUAG